CUAUUUAUAUGUCCUGUUUUUUGCUCUCACGUUAGUUGCUACUCUUACCGUACCACAGGUACAUGUAAUUGAUAAAAGGACGUGCUGGUAAAAUACAGGACCUUUCAAAGAAAUAAGACAUGGAAUGUUCCAAGGUUUACGAAUCCGUAAAGGAUCAUUAUGGUAACCUUCAAGAUGACCGGAACAACCAAGUUUGUGUGACCUUAAGUUCAGAGGUCAGCCAAGCGGUGAAGGAUGCACUUGGAGCUAUCCCCGAAGACAUAACUGCCAAAUUUGAUGGAUGCGGACUGGUGGUUCCAGAGAAGGUGGAGGGAAGGAAGAUCUUGGAUUUAGGGAGUGGAUGUGGGCGGGACAGUUUUAUUCUCAGUAAGCUGAUUGGUCCAAAUGGUCAUGUGACUGGGAUUGACAUAACAGAGGAAAUGGUUGCCCUUUCAAACAAAUACAUAGAAUACCACAGAGAAAAAUUUGGAUAUAAAGAGGCUAACACAAACUUUAUACAGGGCUACAUUGAGAAGUUGAGAGAAGCCGGACUGAAGGAAAAUUACUAUGAUAUCAUCAUUUCAAACGGUGUAAUCAACCUCACCCCAGACAAAAAAGCCGUUUUGAAGGAAGCUUACACAGUUUUGAAAGAAGGAGGAGAACUCCACUUCAGUGAUGUUUAUGCUGAUAGAGAGUUGGGUUGUUCAGUCAGAAAUGACAAAGAAUUAUGGAAUGAAUGUUUAUCGGGAACCCUUUAUUGGAAAGAUUUACUUUCUAUAGCAAAAGAAGCAGGUUUCAGUAGACCAUUUCUUGUAUCAGCAACACCCUUUGCAGUGAAUAAGGAAGACUUUAAAAGAAAAUUAGGUGAUGCCCAUUUCGCGUCAGUGACUUAUCGUCUGUUCAAGCUUCCUUCGGAUGCAAAUGUUGCACCGACACAAGUCAUCUACAAAGGAACUAUCCCAGACCACGAGAAUAAAUUCAAAUUUGAUGUUAAAAACGUAUUUAAGAAAGGUGAGGCCGUCACUGUUACAGGACCAGUUGCUGUGGCUCUGAAAUGUUCCCGAUUCUCUGAUGACUUUGUGUUCCAGUCAGUCCCGGAGGACUUAGGAGGAACAUUUGAGGUGGAUUUAGAAAACCCAUUCGACUACAUGGAUAACUAACCCUAGAAUGGUUAGAAUAGACAGUCCUCCUGUUGUGCUGGAACGAUCUUGUGCUGUGGAGAUUACUGAUAACUGAUAAAAAAAACUGGAGUGCUGUUUACUGAGAAAGGAAAAAAAAAAUGAAUGAUUCUCACUGUCUUAUUAUAAUUCACACAAAUAAUACAUACAAAAUAAGGACAAGAUAAGAUUUGCCAUGUUUGCGUGUAAGCUUUAUAUUAAAACAUAAAAUUCUCUUUAAAAAAUGUCAUUAUCUCCAU